GACGGUAAAGGACCAUUCAAGAUAAAUUAACUUUACAAAAUUGGAUACUAUUUUUUUGAUAAGUUGAAUGAAACAAUUGUUGUGUGAAUGUGGAAGAGUUGAAGUCAGGUAUCUUGACUUCUAUCGAAGUUGGGCUGACUACAAGAACGGUUUUGGUGACCUGAAAGGCGAGUUCUGGUUGGGACUGGAUAAAAUCAACCGGUUGACCCAUCAGACUCGUAACCGUCUUCGUGUUGACCUACAAGACAUCAAAGGGAACAGCGCUUAUGCUGAGUACGACUACUUUGCUGUGAGCAGUGAAAGAAGCAAGUACAAACUUAGCCUUGGAACUUAUUCAGGCACUGCUGGUGUCUCACUCUCCUACCAUCGUGGUAUGGCCUUCACCACCAAAGAUCGUGACAAUGAUGUCCAUGGUUCAAACUGUGCCGUACUUUCCAAAGGUGCCUGGUGGUACAAAAGCUGUCAUUACUCUAACCUGAACGGCCUGUAUCACCACGGGAAAGUUAGAAGUGAUGGUGUUAUCUGGUAUCACUGGAAAAACAAAUACAACUCUGCURAGAGAGCCGAGAUGAAGAUACGACCUGCAUAAAAUACUUGUUGACGUACCAGUCUAAAAAUCUCCAUUAAGAAUCAAGCUCUUAACUUUAAAAAUAAAUAUACUGUUAAUUAUGAAGAAUGUAAAAGAUUUAAUUCCAUUAGCAUCACAUGGAAGAAAGCCAGAACUUUCUGUAAAAAAUGUGUGCGGUAGAAGGCGUGACAGUCACGCAUUGUUGGUCGACUAAAAUCUUGUAGAAUUUAAAAAUUAAAAUAAAAUAAUACAGCAUG